AUUUUGAUCUUCGUCACUCUUCCUCUUCUCCAGUUUUUUCUUUCUUUUCUUCGCUUCUCAGUUUUGACUAAAUAUGCCAUGACUGUCUGAGAUAACGAGAUAUUCGCCGAGAGCCAUGUUUUGUUAGCUUCCAAGAUAAAAAAAGGGUUUUUGUAGAAGCAAUGACAGUUCUGAAAAGGUACGUCUUAAGGCUGUUUAUGUCGAUCAAGUACAUAACAGCAAACGUAGUUGACAGAAACAACGGGAGAAUAGUGACAACAGCUUCAACAGUGGAACACGCAAUCAAGAACUCGUUAGAGUGUGGCCGUACUUGCAAUGCUAAGGCAGCGGCUAUCGUAGGAGAGGUUUUGGCGAUGAGGCUGAAAGUGGAAGGGCUUCAAGAUGGGCAAGGAAGAGGUAUUCACGCCGAUGUCAAGAAAGAAAUUGAAAAGAAAGNAGCA